AUGGGAAAAUCCCUGUCCCGGCAGCCCCCGCGCGACGCCCGGGCUGAAGCCGCCCGGCGGCCAUUUUUAAUGUGGGCACGGACGGGAGAAUCCCUGUCCCGGCAGCCCCCGCGCGACGCCCGGGCUGAAGCCGCCCGGCGGCCAUCUUUAGUGCCCAUUUUAACGCUUCCGGACUACAUUUCCCAGCAGGCCUCGGGGCCCAGGAGCCCUAAUAUGGGCCGGCCACCGGGAGGUCUCGCGAGAGUUCCGGAGUGGGGCUCGCUGCGGCUGCUGCUGAAGACCGAAAUUCGGGGGGAGGGGCUCGCGAGAUCUCGCGAGAGUCGGUGGAGCGCGCGCGGGGCAGGUCUCGCGAGAGUUCCGGAGCGGGGGCUCGCUGCGACUGGCGCUGAAGGCCGAAAUCCGAAGCGGGGUGGCUCGCGAGCCUCCUGCCCAGCCCGGGACGGAAAGACGGAUCCUGCCGGGGAUGAGCCCGCCCGGCCCCUCCCAGGGGCAGCGGCCCCUCCAGCCUCUCCUGGGGAGCUGGGAGAAGCUGGGGAGGGGUCUCUGGGACCCCCAGGGCCGGGGGCCGGCACUUCUCCGUUGGAGGAGGAGACCCCGGCACCCGAGAAGACCCCUGGAGUGGAGGAGGAGGAGGAGGAGACCCCAAUACUUGAGGAGACUCUGCAGCCCACCGGGAUGUCCCCGAAGCUCGAAACGGGGGAGGUGAUGGAGGAAGGUGCCAAGGAGCUGCUCCCCGAGGACCAGGGCCCUUACUCCUGGUUCUACGACUUCACGCAGUGGCCCCAGCUCCUCACCGGCUCCUGGUCCGAAUUCAGCUCCCGGCCCGAGAACUUCCUAAAGGGCUGCAAGUGGGCUCCAGAUGGCUCGUGCCUCCUCACAAACAGCGCUGACAACACCCUGCGCAUCUACAACUUGCCCCACGAGCUGUACAGCCAGGAGGAGCCCGUCUACGCCCAGAUGGAGCCCGUGCUGCGCAUGGCGGAGGGCGACACCGUCUAUGACUACUGCUGGUUCCCCCUCAUGAGCUCGGCCCAGCCCGACACCUGCUUCGUGGCCAGCAGCAGCCGGGAGAAUCCCAUCCACAUCUGGGACGCCUUCACGGGCCACUUACGGGCCUCAUUCCGCCCUUACAACCACCUGGACGAGCUGACGGCUGCGCAUUCCCUCUGCUUCACCCCGGACGGUUCCCAGCUGUUCUGCGGCUUCAACAGGACCGUGCGGGUCUUCGCCACCGAACGGCCUGGCCGGACGUGUGAGACCCGCCCCACCUUUGCGAAGAAGCAGGGGCAGAGCGGCAUCAUCUCGUGCCUGGCGUUCAGCCCCACUCAGGACCUGUAUGCCUGUGGCUCCUACGGGCGCUCCUUGGCGCUGUACUCCCGCGACCAGGGCACCCUGCUGGCCCUGCUGACCGGGCACCGCGGGGGCCUCACCCACCUCUGCUUCCACCCCGACGGCCACCGCCUCUUCUCGGGCGCCCGCAAGGAUGGCGAGCUUCUGUGCUGGGACGUGCGGCAGCUGAGCCGGGCGCUGCUGGCUCUCAGGCGGCAGGUCACCACCAAUCAGCGCAUCUACUUUGACCUGGACGCCACGGGGCAGUUCCUGGUCAGCGGCAGCACGGUGGGCCAUGUGUGCGUGUGGGACACCGGGCAGCUGCCCCCCGGGGCCGCGGAGGACGGGGGGGACCCGUCCCCACUGCUGACCUUCUCGCCCCAGCGGGACUGUACCAACGGAGUCAGUCUCCACCCCAGCCUCCCGCUGCUGGCCACGGCCUCCGGCCAGCGCGUCUUUCCCGAGCCGGAGGACAGCGAGGAGGAAGGCGAGGAGCGGCACCCCCUCCUAUCCCUCCGCAACACCCGCCCCGACUGCCGCCUUCAGCUGUGGUGGGCUGGUGGCGGCCCGGACACCGGGCUGCCCUGCUCCUGAGGGGUCCACGGGGGUUGGGCCGGAGCGGUCCGACGCCGGUGUCCCCCACCUUCGAGGAGGCCGUGGUGAGGGGCGGGGAC